AGUUGGUGUCCUUUUCCCAAACUAAGUGUAAUUAAUAUAAUGGAACGUUGGCAAAAUCGUGUUGCAGUCGUUACUGGCGCCAGCUCCGGCAUAGGUGCUGCCACCGUUAAGGAUCUGUUGAAAGCUAAUUUGAUUGUUGUGGGUCUGGCGCGUCGCGUGGAGCGCAUGGAAGAAUUAAAAGCACAAUUACCCGCUGAACAACAAAAACGCUUUCAUGCCGUCGCUUGCGAUGUUUCAUCACAGCAAUCCGUUGAUACGGCAUUCGAUUGGAUCAUCAAGGAAUUGGGAGGUGUCGAUAUCCUUAUCAAUAAUGCCGGUAUUUUUAAUGCUGGCCAGAUUAGCACUCAGAAUCCUGUGGAAAUACAAAAAGUUUUACAAACCAACGUAAUGGGUGUGGUAUAUUGUACACAGCGUGCCUACAAAUCGAUGAAAGAACGUAAUUUUGGUGGUCAUGUGGUUGUGGUUAAUAGUGUGUUGGGUCACAGUGUACCUUUUAUGUACGGUAACGAUCAGCCACCGGUGUAUUCGAUGUAUCCGUCAUCUAAGUUUGCAUUAACUGCGCUCACAGAGGUAUUGCGUCAGGAAUUUAAAGGAUUAAGCACCAAAAUUAAAAUUACCAGCGGUAGCCCUGGUAUAACCGAUACAGACAUUGUGCCAGAAGAAUUUAAGGGCGCAAGCCUGAAUUCGGAGGAUAUUUCAAGCACCAUUUUGUUUACACUCUCCACACCACCACAUAUGCAGGUGCACGAGAUCAUGGUGAAACCGCUUUUGAGCGAUUAAAUUACAAAAAAAUAUAUAUAUAUGUAUAUACAUACAUAUGUAUGUACAUAUGUAUAUGUGU